AUGGCGGGAUACAUGCAUAGCGGGUCGUUUAAACCCGUGUUUCCGACGCCCCAGUCGAUUUCUCAGGCUGUCAAGGCGCGCGGUUUACAGUUCGGUAACAACGGCGAUAGCCCGACGCGUCUGACGGCGACGAUAUCGCCUGUGCUUAUGAACGACGCCGCUUGGCCAUUCACGACGUACACGUACGUCGUACUUCGAACGGGAAUGGUGAACUUCACCACGUCUGAUCGUUUACGCGCCAAUGCGACUUGUCAGAACGUCAGGCAAACGGUUGCGUUCUGGAGAUGGUUUCUAUCUAGCGCGCAGGCGUAUCGCAUCGCCCAGAACUAUGGAUUUUCGCCUCUUCGAGACGAAAUCGGCGCACUCGUACUCGCAAGACUCAUAGCCGACACGCACUGCCAAGGGACUCGCGUCCAGACGUCAGAAUCGGUCGUUGAAUCCGCCUCCACAUCUGCGAGCGUGACUGCUCCAAGCUCGUUGAACAGAGUUCUGGCAUCCUUACGCGCUUUGCUCGAAGGGCGUAAUUCGAGUCAGACUUUGACCGUGCACGAAUUAACAUCGGCUGAUCAGGCUGUUGAGAACAUAAUGGGCGAAAAUGGUGUCGGAAUCGGACUCGUGUCGGUGGGCACUCCGCUCGCGGUACUGAAGCGGCUUCCUUUCUUUGCGGUGGAAGCUCGAUUGGGCAUACACAAAAGCGUCCUCCAAAUGGGAACCACCAGCAGCGCACUUACGCUCGACGCGGCGGCAACCGCAGCGAUUCUCAGCGGUGAUGCGACGACUUGGGGUCAUGCGGAAAUCGUACGGUUGAAUACCUUCUUGAGUGGGGUGACUGCGCCCAUUGUUCUCGUGGGGAUCAAUAAUCCCAAGAAUGAUUCGUUUUACAAAACGUACAUCGACCAACUCGUAGCGCUAAAUGCUUCGUUCACACUUGGUUCACCAAAAAUUUCAGCCGAAUCGUAUGACUCCGUCGCGGCUCACCUCGUGGAGACGAGUGGCUCUGUUGCACUCCUUCGGAAUGACGUGAUUGCUCAUUUUCAAGGCAACAUUGACGCCUCAAGUUCUCUAGAUGGUUUGCUACCUAUGAGCUUGGAUGUGUACGUUGCGCCUACAGCAUCUGACGACGGUUGUCGAGGAAAGAAGUUUCAGACGUUGUAUACGACCCUCAGCAUGCUGGAAUGGAUGGGUACGGAUACGAGCGUUCAGGCGGUCAUUCAACAACGAGGAAUUUCAACGCCAUUUACAUCUUCGUCAGCUUUGGAAACGUUUUUGUCAACCGUGCGAAGCGUGACGUGCGACGGUGUUCCAGUGUUGAACCCGCAAACGUCGACGACUGAUUCUGGAUUCAAUAUGAAUCCUUUGGUUCUCGCGCUUUCUAUCGGCCUUGGGUUGUUGACAGCGGCCAUGUUGUUCAUUUUUAGCGGAUCGAUUGCGAAGAGUUUCUUCAUACAGACAAUCGUGAAUCAGUACAAGCGCUCGCAUCCACCUUCUGACGAAGAAGUGACAAUCGUGGUCACAGAUAUCCAGGCUUCAUCCAAGCUGUGGCACACAGCGCCGGUUCACAUGAACAAAGCACUUGCGGUUCACGAUAAGAUUAUGCGAUCGGCGAUCCAUCAGACAUACGGUUACGAAGUAAUCACCGAAGGCGAUAGCUUCACGGUCGCAUUUCACACGGCCAACGAUGCUAUCCAGUUCGCCAUGCUGAUUCAAGAAAGAAUGCAAAAUUACGCUUGGGACGCACCGAUUGCAGAUGCCUGCCGACAGGUUUACGAAGAAAACAACGAAGACGAGCUGAAUCAACCAGCCAUCGGUGAGACGAGAGCUCAAGAGAUUUUAUUGCAAGCAGUCACAUCAAAGUACGUGAUUCACGAACAUGAGGAACUAAAACACGACGAGGAUGACGAAAUUACUUUUGUAGACACGAAGCGAAGUACUUCACUUCUGACUCCGCUCGGAACGGGUCAAUUCGUGCAAGGGGAGCGUCCUCGAUUGAACGGCCUUCGCGUUCGAAUCGGUAUGCACACAGGUUUCUGCCAGAGCCGAUUCCACCCAACGACGCGACGGAAAGAAUACUAUAAAGGGGCCGUCACGAUAGCUCACGCAGUGUCCGAUUGUGCAACUGGCGGACAAACGGUCAUAUCCAGUGAUACCAUGGCGGCAUUGACUGAUCAAGGAAAGCACGCCGCUCAGGCUUUCUACGCGCUGCACAUGGGCAGACACGAGCUCGCGCUGAGCAGGAAGGAUUUAGCCGUGGUCGACGAAAAGCAACACGUCGCCGUUGACCUUAGGGCAGAAUUGGGCGCGAUUGUGGAAGACGAAGCGCCUCUUCCAGCCACGAAGGCCGCGACUUUACGACUUCGGAGGAGCCAAUCAACGGAUUCGACGGAGAGCGGUACGGUUGAGAUGUAUCCAGCUUUUCGUCAAACUCUGGCAGCAAAGAAGAAUCUCAUGAAAAUGUUGAACCGCAAAGAGGAUCGACACUCUACUCUACUGCAGUCUGAGCUCGUACAGGUGGUGCCAAAUUCUUUAUCGACGCGUCUGAUGCUGUUUCCAGGAUUGCGAACCGUGCGGCAGCUGGAAGCCUCGUACUUUGACUCGCCGGGCUUGCGCGAUAUGAGAGUGACCAUUGUGUACACUUACGUUGAAAAUCUCAAAUCACUCAGAGCGGCCCUAAAAGAUAUUAUGGACGAGUCCAUAGAAAUGUUGAACGCAACAGUACGCGCGACUUUACGGCUUUACAACGGGUAUGAAUGCAGAGAGAGAGACGGUGAGUUUUUACUCGCGUUUCAUAACCCUGUUGACGCUUACAAAUGGUGUCUGUUCGCACAGACAACCUUCAUGAGACUCGAUUGGCCGAAGAAGUUACUGGCACACAGAAGCGCAAAAAGAGUGCGUAAUGGACGAAUGGACGUCUUCGUCGGCCUCCGCGUCUCCAUGGGCGUUUGCAGUGGAAUUUGCAGUGACAUCCGACCCUGUGCGCGCACAGGGCGAACUGAGUAUUUUGGGCCUAUUUUGAACACCAGCGCGCGCGUUGCGCAUGCCGCCCGCGGCGGUCAAGUGUUGACCGACUAUGAAACGCUAGAACAGGCAAUGAAGAUAGGUUACAUGGUGGAAUUUUGUCACGAUCUCGGAGUGUACAUGUUCAAAGGUGUGAACAAGCCGCUUCGACUCAUACAAGUCUCAGAUGCUUCGCUCGUGAUGCGUCCGUUCGAGGACACGGAAGCGUUGCAAAUUCAGGAGCCACGUGGAUUGGAGAGUGAACGUAGUAUUUCAUUCCAUUCGGCGAAAGACCGAGAGUUCAAAUCUAAGUGCUUUGUCUUGUGCUCGAGCGAUUCUCCUGUCAUCGGGAUAGUGAAGUCGGUGGUACACGCAAUACACGCACACGUCGAGGUUAUCCCAGUGUCCUCCGUCGAGCUCGUGGUGACGACGUUGAGGCAGAUGGAUACGAACCGUCGGAUUUCAAAACAUUACGUGAUCGUCACAGACGAGUUGCCGAGCCUGGAUAUCACGACGACAUGUCGCAAGAUUCGAAGACGUUUGAAUUUGUACAUGCAGCCAGUCAUCGCGACAUAUUUGUGCCUCGUCUCCGAGGCAAACAUAGCAGAGAUUGGUAUUGACGUAGUGCUUCCGAAUCUCGAUUCGCUAGUGGGCGGUGUCAGCGUUUCACGAGACUCUUACGUCGACGGAGAAAGUGACUCCGAUGAGGAGACAAAUGUACUUGAGUUUAAGCAAGCCUUGGAGCAGUUCUUUUCCGACGACGGUCAUUUCGGUGGGAACGCGGCGUCCAUGAUUUCUUCCAGCGAGACGGCGGAGAUAGCGCCUGAUGUGAGCACGUAUGCGUCCCAGCGAAGAACAGGUGCCGGAUGGCUCGAUCCAGCGCGAGGGACGCACGGAAAGCCGCUUCUGAGUAUGUCAUCUCUGGGGUUGUUGACGACCGCGCUCGAUGCGGUCUCAGCGAAAGCCUUCGCGAUCGAUGAUCGUGGCGAGCUUCGUUUCUCGACUCGACAGGCUUUAAAGUGCGGCGUGGGGAACGUAUCGCGGUCGCUUCCGUCUUCUGAAUGGUUGAAAAAAGUCAGUGUUGUCGCCGCGCGAGCUCAGGAGGGAAUAGUCAAACAGGCAUGGACGGAGUCAAUCAAGCGCCGAUGGCUCGACGAAGAGGACGGUGUUAGCAAAGAUAUCGAAGGAGCCGUACACAGACCACUUCAGAUCGGCGAUAACUUGGCCAUUGUCCUCAUCACAUGGCAAACUUAG